CAUACAAGCAUUCUAAAAACCACAAACUAGCUAGGUAACUCUGGUUUUUUAUCGCUUUCUGAAACUAGGUGGCAAGAUAUAUACCUAUUCUGAAGCAAUGAGUUUCCUGCUGAAGACUAGGAGUGAAUCUGACAAGCCGAAGUCGCCAUCUUCUGAAGAACUGCAGCAAAAGCGCGCUACCAGCGGUGAGCCAUUGAUAUCCACGCCGACCUCCUCGAGCAUGAGAAACGAAGAAGAGCCGUUGCUGCCUAGCUAUAUUGGUGACCAGAGGUCGCCGCAUGCCAUCGCCUUCACAGCAUUUGAUGCCGGUCACCAUGUUGUUGUCGAGCGCCAUCCCCUCCCUCUCCAUGAGCAUCUUCUAUGGAUGCUAAGGUGGGCCACGUGCUCAGGACGUACAGGGAGAGAACAUGAGAUGAGAUAUGGGUAGAAUGAAUGAACAGAGAUGGAUGAAAAUAGUUCAAGUCCGGGAACUCCUGGGAAGCCUGGCAGCUGAGAUGCCGGCAUUCUUAUCAGACACCACCAUCCGCCGUUUCCUAAGGGCAAGGAACUGGAGCACGGAACAAGCAACCAAGUCGCUCAAAGAAACUGUCAAGUGGAGGCGUCAGUACAGGCCAGAAAGCAUUUGCUGGGGGAGAGUUUCAGGGAAGGAGCAGAUAAAACACUUUGUAUAUCUCCUGGAGAGUUUGGCUAUGAACUCUGCAGAUGAACAAGAAGAACAUGUUACUUGGCUGAUAGACCUCAGAGGCUGGAGUAUAUCAAGUACGCCAUUAUCGACAUCCCGUGAAUCCAUGCACAUAGUUCAAAACUACUAUCCAGGGAUUAUUGCAGUAGCAAUACUCAGCAACACUCCAAGGAUUUUUGAAUCUUUCUGGAAGAUUAUAAAGCACUUCUUGGAAGCAAAGAUGAGCGAGAAGGUGAAGUUUCUAUAUACUAACAAUCCAGAGAGCCACAAGAUAGUGUCUGAAAUGUUUGACAUGGAUCUGCUGGAGACUGCAUUUGGGGGCAGAAAUUCAAUUACCAUUGAUAUAGACAAUUAUGCUGAGAGAAUGAGGAGAUCAGAUCUUGCGAGAGGAGUUUUAAUCAUCCAAACGGACAUAAAUCUGAUUAGUCGACAUCACUGAAUCUCUAUUCUCUGUGGAGAAUGCCUAUUGCUUAAUGACAGCUAAUGAAGAACAAGAAGGUACCGUGCAAAAAAGUGGAAGAAAAAGAACAAGCCAUAGAAAACUACGUGCUCACCUUAGCUGUUUUAGAUGUUAUAUCAAUUAAUCUCAAUAAUUAUGGACGACAUGUUGCGCAUGAUCAAAAAACCAGUUAAUCCUUACAGUAUGUUUAUGUAAUCUAAUACUACCUCUGUUUUAUAUUAUUAAUUGUUGUUGACAUUUUUCUAAAUCCAUCUUCUUUUUAGCUUUGAUCAA